AUGGAAAUGAUGCGUAAACUGAUGAAUGUAAAUUUCUUUGGACAUGUUGCCCUGACAAAGAAGCUUCUGCCUUUACUCAUCACUAAAUGUGAUUCACGUGUAGUUAAUGUAGUUUCUGCAGCUGGAUUCUUUACUUUUCCCAAUACAUCCGCGUAUUCAGCAUCUAAACAUGCGUUAAAAUCUUUCUCGGAUUGUCUUCGUCGUGAAAUGGUUCCAUGGAAUUUACGUGUUAGCAUAAUUGAGCCAGGUGCAUUGCGAACACCCAUGCUUGAAGGGUAUGAAGAUACACUGAGAAAUGUAUGGAAUGGACUUCCAACUGAUGUACAAGAACGUUGGGGAAUUAGUUAUUUAAAUAGUAUCAUUACAAAGGCGAUUAAUAGUCCAUUUAUGAUCAAUGCGGAUGAUCCUUCUAGAGUUGUACGAGCUAUUCAGCAUGCAGUGAUGAAUUCCAAGCCUCACAUUCGCUAUCGGCCAGGUUGGCAAGGCAAAGUGAUAUUUUACCUCUUAUAUCUGUCUCCAACUUGGUUCAGUGAUAAAUUGCUUAGCAAAGUCUUUAAUUUCAUUCCUAAUGGCGUACAACAUCAACUUUUGAGCUGA